CCAGCUCAGUCCCGACCCUGUGGACAGACGCUGCUGCCCCACGUGGCUGGGGGAGGCUGUGAGCUGCAGUCCAGACGGUGUUCUCAUUGGUGCCACCUGCAGAGACAGAGGAGGAGCGCCUGCCCCUCGGGAGGCUCCUGACAGCGGCACAAUGAGCAGCCCGGAGGUCAGCAGGGCCGACUAAAGGCAGAGCAGCACGUCGGCCGCCCGCAGCCAGGGGCAGAUAUGGAGAAGUUUCAGGCUGCGAUGCUGCUGGGGGCCGUCGGGGACGCGCUGGGGUUCGGGCACGCUGCCAGGGAGAGCAGCAGCUUGGGCACCAGGGUCCAGGAGGAGAUGGGGAAGGGAGGUGGGCUGGACCACCUCGUGCUCUCGCCGGAGACGUGGCCGGUGAGCGACAACACCAUCAUGCACAUGUCGACAGCGGGGGCCCUCAUCACAGACUUCUGGUGCCUGGAUGACCUCUACCGUGAGAUGGUGCGGCGCUACGUGGAUGUCCUGGAGAAGCUCCCGGAGCAGCGGGCAGACCCAGCCACCCUGGAGGGCUGCUCCCAGCUGAAGCCAGACAACUACCUCCUAGCAUGGCACACGCCGUUCAACGAGAAAGGCUCGGGGUUCGGCGCUGCCACCAAGGCGAUGUGCGUGGGGAUGCGGUACUGGCAGCCGGAGCGGCUGGAGACGCUGGUGGAGGUCAGCGUGGAGUGCGGCAGGAUGACGCACAACCACCCCACAGGCUUCCUUGGGUCCCUGUGCACUGCCCUCUUUGCGUCAUACGCUGUCCAGGGAAAGCGGCUGGAGCAGUGGGGGCGAGACAUGCUUCAGACGGUGCCACUGGCCGAGGAGUACUGCAAGAAGACCAUCCGGCACCUGGCAGAAUACCGGGCUCUGCCUCUGGCCCUCUGCCCACAGCACCCGGCUGGACAGCCGGCACAUCCUGCUUCCCGCUCUUUGUGUCUAGAGUACCAGGAACACUGGUUUUACUUUGAAGCUAAGUGGCAGUUCUACCUGGAGGAGAGAAAAAUCAUCGAGGACACGGAGAACGAGGCCAGCUUUCCCGACCGCUACGACGCAGAGGAGAGGGAAAAAACCUACAGGAAAUGGAGCUCUGAGGGUCGCGGGGGCCGGCGGGGCCACGACGCCCCCAUGAUCGCCUACGACGCCCUCCUGGGAGCCAAGGGCAGCUGGACGGAGCUGUGCUGCCGCGCCAUGUUCCAUGGAGGUGAGAGCGGGGCCACCGGGGCCAUCGCCGGCUGUCUGUUCGGGCUGCUGCACGGCCUGGACGCCGUCCCCGCGGGCCUGUACCGCGAGCUGGAGCACCAGGAGGAGCUGAGGCGCCUGGGCGAGGCACUGCACCGCCUGUCCUCGCAGGAGAACCCCAGGAGCAGCAAGGUUUGCAGCAACAAGACGCCCAUCGACGUCCAAACCCUGAAAAAGAAGGUGGGCCGGGUUACGUGCAACCCGGCGGCGCGCGCCGUCCUCAGCAGCCUGCUGCUCUACCUGACCGACCGCGAGGACGCGGCCCCGGGGCCUCUUGCCGCCCGGAGGGCAGAGGGCAAGGCUAACCGGGCCCCCGAGCCCCAGGACGCGCAGCGGCGGCCCACGCGCUUCCAGCUGCUCCAGGCCAGGUUCAUGGGCAGCGGCCGCGAGCCCCGCCUCAAGAGGACCCGCGAGGUGGGGCGGCUGAUCUUCAAGGACAAGCAGGGCCCUGGAAGGAGCCUGGUGGCCGCCACCAUCCACAAGCUGCUGGAGAAGGCCGGGGAGGCGGCCGGCCGCCCGGCCCCCGGCAGGGAGCCACCGGGCCGCGAGAAGCCGCGGGCCCUCCCGGCUGGGAGGAGCUCGGUGAAGAGCAUCCUGAAGAUGUUCCUGGCCGCGGAGGAGAAGCAGGCCGCGGAGCAGCCUCCCGCGGAGCCGCCCGCAGCCGCGGGGGGCCUGGCCGCGAAGGCGAAGGUGAAGGCGGGUGGGCGGAGCGCGGCGCUGGCCAGGCUGCGGGAGAAGUUUGCGCAGAGCGGCGGCCUGUGCGCGGAGGCCGGACUCCUGCCGCGGCGCGCGGAGGAGCGCUCGAAGAAGCGCCCACCGCGGAGGCCGCUGCACCGGCCGGAGCCGCGCGUAUUCCGCGUGGCCACCCUGGCCAGCAGCUGCCUCCGCGCGCCGGCCGCCCGCCUUCUGGCCUGCUCCACCGAGCCCGCGCUGCCCUUCAGCGUCGCCACCGUGGUCUGUGGGCCCCGGAGCUGGCUGUCCCACGGCACCCGAGUAACCCACACGGGCGUGGGCCGUGCGCCCCGAGGGGAGACGGGCACCUCCGCCGACGCGGCAGAGACCCCCGGAGAGAGCAGAGAGCCGGGGUGGCGGCCCCCGCCGCCCUCCACACGCCCGCUCGCAGCUUCCAGGGACGGCCUGGAGACAGGGCUCCCAGGUGUGGAGGCCGAAUGUGUCCCCCCGGCAGCCCCCGCUGCCGCCUCCCCCGGGGGCGAAGCCCAUCCUGGCCGCAAGCCUGCGAGCUCCGCGCUGGGCCCAGCCCGCCCAGGUGGUCAGGGGGCUGCUCAGGGGGCCAGGGGAGUAAGCCUGGGGUCGCAACCAGGACUCUCCGGAGGCCACGCGGGGGCUGGCCCCGAGGUCACCUUGACCGUGUGCAGCUCAGAGGACGAGAUGGACACAGCGAGUGUGGACUGGGUGCCGGAGCCCCUCUUCGCCGUCCAGGAGAGUUUCCCAGAAGAGAAGGCGCCGGGACACAUCCCCCCACUGGCCGCACUCACCGCACCCUCCGCCCAGGCCGCGCGGCGCACACAGCCGGCCAUGGAGCCCCCACAGGUCACAGUCAGACUCCCGGUGGUCCACACGAUGCCGCCCCCUCCCGCCACCCCACAAAGGGCAUUAGGAGACCAAGGCUGGGGUCCUCUGAGCGGGGUCAGUGAGACGGGAAACCCAAGCGCCCCACAUUCCCCCACGGCCGAGAGCAGGAGCCGGGGUGCGCCGCCUCAGGGCGCAGGGGCGGAGCCGAGGCUCGCAGCCGCACAGGGUACUGCUGCCCGCGGUCCAGACCUCCCCGCAGCCGUCUCCACGACGGAGCCACAGAACAGCUCCCUGGGAGGAAAGGACACCAGACCUGGGCCUGGGGCCUUACAAUGGCUCCUGAAGCCCAAGGACGUGCGUGGGGAGGACGCGUCCCCCCUGAGUUCUGAGCCGUCUCGGCCGUCAGAACUGCAGGAACGGCCAGGCAGCGACGCCAGUGCCUGGGAGAACCGUCAGAGGGGCCACACGAGCUGUGCACCCGGCGGCCAGCAAGCACCGGUGCCCAACAGCAAGAGCGGGACGCGUGUCCCCACGUGGCCAGCGGCACCAGCUGGGGCUGGAACGAGGCCCGAGAGCCUGAGGCCCGUGCACAGGAGCCCCCCGAGGGAGCAGGAAGGACCCCGGGGGGCCCCGCCACGCCUGGAGUCAGCUGGGCGCGUGCCUAUAGCUGCAGGGAGCGCCGGCCGUGAUCUUGGUGAGAAGAGAGCCUCCUCCUCAAAUGAAAAGACACCGCCCGGUGUCAGAGCCCCCAGGCGGGAGCCGGUGGGCAGCCGCUCCCAGAGUCCCCCAGCCCCGAGCCCCAGAAACUUGGCAGCUGGGCAGCGGGAGGGUGGGGGGGCUGGGCGGCCUGCAGGCCCGGGUCUCGUGGGUGUCGUGGCCGAGGAGGCUGCUCACCAGCCCGGUGGCCACAGCUCAGCCUUGGGGUCCCCGCCCGGUCCCCCUCAGGAGGCCCCCGGUGCACCGACCCUGGCUGUCCAGCCCCACCUGGCAGCUCCGGGUGAACUGGCCACUGGUGGAGUGGCCACAGGCGGAGUGAAGGUGGAGGCGGGAGGCAGGGUCGCCGGCACCGCGCGGCAGAGGCCUCAGGGGGACAGCCUGGAGCGCCCAGCUCCAGUCCCAGGCCUGCCGGUGCCCCAGGGGAGCCACGGGGCAGGGACUGCGAGGCCUCAGCUUCCUGAGCAGCAGCAGGCAGCGCGCAGGGCGGGCCCCUCGUCCAGUGAACAGCUUCCCCUCGGUGCUGGGCCUUCCCGCCAGCCCGGCCCCUCGUCCACAGCAGUGGACGGGCCAUGGGGGGACAGGGCGGCCCCGAAGCACCCUGACCUCCAGGCUUCCGGGCAAGUGGAGGGAGGAGAGCAGGCUGGUCUGGGCACGGGAGAAAGGCGCCGUGGACGAGAGGAGGGGUGCCCAGGGGCUGUGAGUCGGGAUGGUUCUGGAAGGAAGGGAGAAGGCCUUCGGGGUGAGAGGUCCGGCUUGCAAGGGGCCAGGGAGGCUGGGAGUAGGCCCCGGGAGGAGGCUCUCGGCAGGCGUGCCGGGAAGGGCCCAGAGCUCCCGCGGAGGCAGCAAGCGGGGCACGCCGGGGGUCUCCUGGAGGAGUGGAGGGCCCCGACUGCGGAGAGCCAGGCCCUGUCCCCCUCGGGGAGCCCCACGAUCCCAGCAAAGGCCCAGGCGAGCCAGACGGUGCCCCCCAACUCAGCACGGCCCGCGAGAGGCUCGGGGGGAGUGACACUCACAGUGGGCAGAAACGAGGCACCCCAGGUUCCAGCCCCCAGGGGUGGUCAGGGGGGCCCCCGAGCGCUACUGGGAGAGGAGCAGAGUCCAGCAUCCCCCAGCCCCAGGGAGGGGGAGAUCCAGGCACCCUCCAAUAUCCAGGAGGGGCAGAGCCCAGCAGCCCCCAGCCCCCAGGAGAGGGAGAUCCAGGCACCCUCCAGCAUCCAGAAAGGGCAAACCUGGGUGGCCCCCAGUCUUAAGAAGGGGCGGAGCCAGGCGGCCCCCAGCCCCGGGGAGAGAGAGAUCCAGGCACUCUCCAGCAUCCAGGAGGGGCGGAGCCAGGCAGCCCCCAGCCCCCAGGAGAGGGAGAGCCAGGCACCCUCCAGCAUCCAGGAGGGGCGGAGCCAGGCAGCCCCCAGCCCCCGGGAGGGGGAGAUCCAGGCACCCUUCAGCAUCCAGGAGGGGCGGAGCUGGGUGGCCCCCAGUCUCAGGAAGGGGCAGAGCUUGGAGGGGCAGAGUCCGGCAGCCCCCAGCCCCCGGGAGGGGGAAAUCCAGGCACCUUUCAGCAUCCAGGAGGGGCGGAGCUGGGCGUCCCCCAGUCUCAGGAAGGGGCAGAUCCAGGCGGCCCCCAGCUACAGGGAGAGAGAGAUCCAGGCACCCGUCAGCAUCCAGGAGGGGCGGAGCCAGGCAGCCCCCAGCCCCCAGGAGGGGGAAAUCCAGGCACCUUUCAGCAUCCAGGAGGGGCAGAGCUGGGUGUCCCCCAGUCUCAGGAAGGGGCAGAUCCAGGCGGCCCCCAGCUCCAGGGAGAGAGAGAUCCAGGCACCCUUCAGCAUCCAGGAGGGGCGGAGCCAGGCAGCCCCCAGCCCCCGGGAGGGGGAGAUCCAGGCACCCUCCAGCAUCCAGGAGGGGCGGAGCUGGGUGGCCCCCAGUCUCAGGAAAGGGCAGAGCUUGGAGGGGCAGAGUCCGGCAGCCCCCAGCCCCCGGAAGGGGGAGAUCCAGGCACCCUACAGCAUCCAGAAGGGGCAGAGUCCGGUGGCCCCCAGCCUCCGGCCAGCACAAGGCUCUGCAGUGCCCACACCCAAGCUGGGGAGCAGCCUUGCGCCCCUUGGCCCUGCCCAGGAGGGGCCCCCAGAGGCCCCCGGGCUGGGGCGCAGCCGGCGCAGGCCACACCUGGCCAAGUACCGAGCCCAGAGCUUCAGUGACCAGAGGUCCUUUGAGCUGUCUUUUAGGCCAACCAUCCUCAGGGCCAGCGACAAGUACAGGCCUCCGAAGUGACCCCGAGUGGCGUCAGGGGUCCAGGCCUCAUGGGGUCCGGGCACGGCUGCUCCAGCCCCCCCAGCCUGGCCAGAGCCAACAGACACGGGGAGACAGCUCCCUUGGACGCUGACCCUCAGAGCCGUGAAAGGCCGUUUCCAGUGCUGCUUCCAGGUGACUCCAAGGGCGCUUUCCCUCAGGACCUGCUGAGGAGCGGGACCCGUCACCAGCCCAUCUCUCCCACGGCCGUCAGAGCAGCAUUCGCGGGCCUGUGAGUCCUGCUGGGGCCUGGGCAGGCACUGGCCCUGGGGCCGCCCACCUGCAGGGGCUGGGGUCAGAGGAGGCGUGCGCUGGGCUUGGGGUCAGCCCCCCGAGCUACAGACCCUGCAGGCCCCUUAGCAGAGGUGUGGGGAGCCCAGCAGAGCCCCGGCCUGACCCUUCUCCCACAGGCCCACCUGCUCAGACCCAGCGCCUCGGCUGGGGUUGGGGGGUGCCCGCCCCCUACUGCGCCUGGUGGCACCAUCUGAUUUAUCCUUUUUAUUGAUUUAUACUUUGGUCCACAAAGGAUCUGAGGCAACGGUUGGCAAAGACAGACGGAGGAGAUAAAAACGCUGUGUACACUCUGUGUUCCCUUUUUAAAACGAGAAGCAGGAGGGGUUUGUCACUAUUUUUAAACAGGCCAGAACGGCCACUGAGAUGCCGCCAGUCACGUCCCUUUGAGUCGUGGAAACACGACCUGAACCCCCAACCCCACCCCAAGCCUGUGACCCGAGGGGCCGCCUCCCACGGCCCCCACUGCCGGCAACACCGUCCUCCCAGCAGCCCCCCAGAAAAGAACAGAGAGACCCCCGAGGACUUGCUGGGGGUCAGUGUUCAGCUGGCCCUGGACCCCCGCCUGGACCCCCAGGUCCUUCAAGCUUGGCUGGUGGAGGAAGUGUUCGCACUGCAGGCGUGAUGUCUUUUCUACAGAAGAAAGACCCUCGAGACCCCUGGGCUGAAAUAACCAUUGCGGCAGCGGGUGGGCGGACGGGUGGCCGACAUUUGUAUCCGCGUUUUAGCUGACGUGCUUUCUUACAUUGAAGUAGCUCGUCUACUUUGACCUCGAUUCGGCGCUUUCAGGCUCUGUUUACAGACCCGCCUGUGAACCCCAUGCGUGUAUCCGCGCGCUGCUCGCGGAGAAGACGCUGGUGCAGGAUCUCGGGCGUGCGCUUUUAUUUCAGGCACCCGUGGGAACAGCAUCGCUCAGGAGUUUACGGAUUCAGCACCUGUAUUUGUGUAGCGAGGGCACCUUUGCCCUUUGGUCCUGAUUUUUUAAAUAUUUGAUUACAUAUUAACCGUCAGCUGUUGAUUCAGUGUUCCUUAUUUUAUCCUCCUUUGUAUACAACUUAACUCUCAAAUGAUCCAUUAGGCAAGAAUUAACUAAAUAUAUUUUGUAGUAUUGUUUCCUUUGAAUCUCUACUAACUUUAUUCAGCUGGAAAUCAUCUUGAGAAAGGAAAUAAAACACGUGGCUCGUCA